AACUUGACAUUAGGCCUUUCACACUUGUACAGAGAAUCCCUGAAGAAGAGGAUGGGCCUGAGAAGAGCUUCUUUAACUCUAGCUCUGACUGUCGAGAGGAUGGGAAGGAAAAUUUGGUGAGAGGACGAAAAAGGGAAACAGACAGAGCAGCCAUGACGUGGAGGAGCCCACUGGCUGUGGUCAGGGAUGCUCUGAGCGGUCAGAGGGCGAGGGAGAAGGACCUCCGCAACUUGGUGUCUAAUCUACCGUACGAGGGACUAGACAGGGCGAAGCAACCUAACCGCUACUUCCCGGGCAAUGCCAUCAAGACCACCAAAUACACCGUCCUCCUCUUCAUCCCCAUGAACCUCUUUGAACAGUUUCACCGUCUGGCCAACAUCUACUUCGUGGGCCUGGCUAUUCUGAACUUUGUCCCCGUGGUGAAUGCGUUCCAGCCCGAAGUAGCUCUAAUCCCCAUCUGUGUCAUCCUGUCACUGACGGCCUUGAAGGACGCCUGGGAGGACUUCAGGAGGUACCAAUCAGACAGGAAGCUCAACAACACGCCGUGCUUCAUCUACAGCAGGAGAGAGAAACAGUUUAUGGAGAGGCGUUGGAAGGAUGUACGAGUGGGGGAUUUUGUGAAAGUUGUUUGCAAUGAGAUCGUCCCAGCAGACCUCCUGCUCCUGCACACGUCGGACCCCGCCAGUGUUUGUCACAUAGAGACGGCCAACCUGGACGGAGAGACCAACCUGAAGCAGAGGAGGGUGGUGCCCAGCCUCUGCAUCUCAGAUCCUGAGUUGGAACCUGAAAGCUUCAACAGCAUCGUAGUGUGUGAGAAGCCCGACGACAAUCUGAAUCAUUUUAAGUGUUAUGUAGAGAAACCUGAUAAGGAGAAGGUGGGAGCUGGAAUCGAGAGUCUGCUGCUCCGAGGCUGCACAGUGAGAAACACGGACCAUGCUGUUGGCUUUGUGGUAUAUGCAGGCCAUGAAACCAAGUCCAUGCUCAACAACCACGGGCCGCGGUACAAGCGCAGCAAACUAGAGCGCAGGCUCAACACGGACGUCAUCUUCUGCGUCAUUCUCCUCUUCGUCAUGUGUCUCGUCGGGGCAGUAGGUCACUUCGUAUGGCUGCAGUCGCUGCCCAGUGUUCCCCCUUACCUGGUCCCCCACAGCGCUGGUCUCCUGGACAGUCCUGGUCUGUCCGGCUUCUACAUGUUCUUCACCCUGAUCAUCCUGCUGCAGGUCCUGAUUCCUAUCUCCCUGUACGUGUCCAUUGAGCUGGUGAAGAUCGGUCAGAUCUUCUUCAUCACUAAUGACAUUGACCUGUACGACGAGGAGACAGACAGCAGUAUGCAGUGCAAAGCCCUGAACAUCACAGAGGACCUGGGACAGAUAGAAUACAUCUUCUCAGACAAGACUGGCACCCUCACUGAAAAUAAGAUGGUGUUUCGGCGAUGCUCCAUUAUGGGCACCGAGUACCCACACAAAGAGAAUGCCAUUCGCCUUACUGUCCUUGAUGAACACGAGUCAGAAGAGGAGGUCAUCUUCAACCAGCGGCCACUACCCCCACGGGCUGGAUGGACCCUGGAUCCUGAGGACACCAACCCUGAACGCAAACAACAUCAGCCUGGCAGCCAGCGCAAGAGCAAGGUCUCAGGAAAUGCCCAGAGAGACGCGGCCUUCAGUAGUCCGCUGGAAACUGAGGUGAUUCCAGACAGGAAGCUGCUUCAGCAGAUUAGUGGGGCAGAGUGCGGCGGUUGGCAGAUAGACCCCUACCUGGACUUUUUUCUGGCUCUCGCCAUUUGCAACACUGUGGUGGUUUCCAUGGCAACAGCUCAGAGACAGAGGGUGAAUUGGCUUUCACACUCCAGUCAGAGAAAUACCCCCCUGGAUACGUUGUCCAACCUGGUGAAAAGGGCUGGCUCUUUUCGCCAUAUUUUCACCUCCUGGCAGCACACACCGAAGCAAAGUCGCACCCUCUCAGAGGACUCCGUUAUAGAGGAGGACCACUUUAAUCCUCCUGUAAAAACUGAGGGGGCUGGAGACACCAAUGGGCUCCAAACGUGUUCGCUCCAGACUCCAUCCCAAUGCGACAAGCCUGCAGCAACCUCAAAUAAGCUCAGCUAUGAGGCAGAGAGUCCAGACGAGGCCGCCUUGGUGUACGCAGCCAAGGCAUAUGGCUUCACUCUGCUGGCCCGCACCCAUGACAGUGUGACGGUGAGGCUCCCGUCUGGGCAGGACCUGGAGUUUGAGGUGCUGGACACCUUAGCCUUUGACUCCAACAGAAAGAGAAUGUCUAUUUUGGUGCGACACCCAAUCACCAGAGAGUGUGUGCUGUACACCAAAGGUGCGGACUAUGCCAUCAUGGAGCUGCUCGGUACACCAUAUGCAGAGCACUUCAGUGGGAGUCAGAAGAAUAUAGCAUCUGAUACUCAGCAUCACCUCGACUGCUAUGCUAAAGAGGGCCUACGUACACUUUGCAUUACAAAGAAGGUUGUUUGUGACGAAGCGUAUGAGAGCUGGUCAGUGAACAGACAGAGAGCUCUCGCUGCUAUGGAGAACAGAGAGGAGCUCAUCAUGGAAACUGCUGUGCAGCUGGAGACAAAUCUCUCCCUGCUGGGGGCGACGGGUGUCGAGGACCGUCUCCAGGAGAGUGUCCCAGACACGAUUGUGGCACUGCGGGAGGCAGGGAUCCAGGUGUGGGUGCUGACUGGUGACAAGCCCGAGACAGCUGUCAACAUCGGCUAUGCCUGCAGGCUACUGGAGGAGGAAGACCUGGUGAUUAACAUGAGCUGCAACAACAAGCGCACUUGUACCUCCAUCCUGGACUGCACUCUGGAGGAGGUGAGGCGGUACAACGAGGACCCUCGUAACGUGGAUACAACCCCAGACAUCUCCCUGGUGAUAGAUGGACGCACCCUGACAAUGGCCCUGGCCUCAGACCUGCAGGACCGCUUCGUGGACCUGGCGAAGCGCUGCCGCUCUGUGCUCUGCUGCAGAGUCACACCCUUGCAGAAGAGCUGGGUAGUGAAGGUGGUGCGGGAGAAACUCAAGGUUAUGACCCUUGCUGUCGGUGAUGGUGCAAAUGAUGUCAACAUGAUCCAAGCAGCUGAUAUCGGCAUUGGGAUAUCAGGCCAGGAGGGCAUGCAGGCGGUGAUGGCAAGUGAUUUCGCCAUAUCUCACUUCAAACACCUGAAAAGACUUCUCCUGGUUCACGGACACUGGUGCCACACACGACUUGCCAACAUGAUCAUUUACUUCUUCUAUAAGAAUGUGGCCUAUGUGAACCUGCUGUUCUGGUACCAGUUCUUCUGCGGCUUCUCCGGCACCGCCAUGAUCGACUACUGGCUGAUGAUUUUCUUCAACCUCUUCUUCACCUCUGUGCCGCCCAUCAUGUUCGGGAUAAUGGACAAGGACGUCUCUGCAGAGAUGCUGAUGGGUGUUCCUGAACUCUACAGGACCGGACAGGGUGCAGGGGAAUACACGUUUUCAACGUUCUGGGUUUCCAUACUCGAUGCCUUCUAUCAGAGUCUGGUGUGCUUCUUUGUUCCAUACUUGGCUUACCAGGAUUCGGACAUUGAUGUUUUUACCUUUGGAACUCCUUUGAACACAAUUUCUCUAUUUACCAUCCUGCUGCAUCUGUCAAUAGAGAUCAAAGCCUGGACGUUGGUUCAUUGGGUAAUCAUGCUGGGCAGUGUGGCGUUGUACUUCAUCGUGACGCUGGCCUACAGCGCCAUCUGCGUCACCUGUAACCCUCCAUCCAACCCGUACUGGAUCCUCCAGAGCCAGAUGGCCGACCCCAUGUUCUACCUCAUCUGCAUCAUCACCACUGUGGUGGCUCUGCUGCCCAGGUACAUGUUUCACGUGCUGAGGAACUCUAUCUCCCCCUCCCCGCUCAUGCAAGCCAGGCAUCUGGACCGGCUGGUCCCCUCCUCAAGAGACCAGUGGAUCAAGGAGUGGAGGACCUUCAGGGGCGGAGGGCAUGUCAAACGCUCCGGGCUGUCUACCCCAACCUCUCCCACCCUGGACACCCCUGUGGACAUUUAUCCCCAGUCUCCCACCGCCUCUGAUAUCACAUAGGAUUAAUUUGCACUGAAUGUCACCACAAACUAUCAGAGGCCUUUGCACACAAGAAACAAAGAUUUGCUGGCAACUUUAAGGUUCAGCAGGAGUACAAGGAUGAUUAUUUAUUUAGAAAGUUGUAAAUACUCUGAACUGGCUCGUAUGCUUGUGGAUACAUCCCAGUGUAAUGUAAUGUCUCCUUCUCUGAGGGUGGGGGGAGGUGGUCCCGUCAGGGAGAAAUACUUUUCUUCUUUGACUCGUGACAAGUUAUCGAUUAAGGUGCUGAGUUAAUUUUGUAAUAAACGGUUGACAAAGAGCAUGUAGGCCCUCUCCUCCUUACGUUCAUCAUAACAAGCUGCCACAGCAAACACAUAAGCCUGUUACUUUCCUGAUGGGUUUUCGCAGCACGGUGGUAACCCAAUUAGUUAUGCCACCCACCCCUCCAAAAAGUGUCCCUUUUCCAGAACAAAAUGCUUUGCUGGUUUAAUAUAUUCCUCUCACCUAGAUACCCUAAACAGUAACAAUGCAUCCCGGCACAAAGGCAAACCCCAAGGCAAACUUGGUGGUUCAGAGACUUUCCAUUCAAUGUUACUGUAUUGUAAAAAUAUAUAAAUAUAUAUAUAUUUUUUAUAGGCUGGGCCUGUGAUUAGUUCUGUUGUAAAACUGGUAAAUUUGCUGUGGAAGUAGAUAAAAUAAUAAUAGUAAAAUAUUG